AUGCGCAUUUUUAUGCUGACCGUGUUAGGGUGGCCUAGGAUGUAUGUUCCCGAACACAUAACCGCCACAGGCGAUGAGCUGCGCUACGGCGAGCAGCCUGAUAAACGGAACAGUGCUCGCCUCUCCUUAAUUGAAAAAAUGGAGGUGCCUGAUAGAAUCACUGUAGUCGGUGGAGACAUGUUCGGCCGCAUCGAUGAGGCUUACAAUCAAGGAGUCCAAAUUCCGACGCAGGUCAAUACGGGAAUGAAGGAUAUUCCCGAUAUUCUGACAAUGGCGGACACCGCGUAUUCGGAGGAGGAAAUCCGGAGACAUGUGGAUACUGCUCGAACUGAUAAUUCGAUAGUGGUCGACGAGGAUCCAUUGAGAGAACUGAAAAUGCUUAGAAGACAAAUGGGACGCAUCAAUGCUCGCGUUUAUGAGUUGGAGGAGCAAAAUGAAAAGAGAAGGUCAAGAGAAAGCAUGUUCAUCUUGGCAAUUCUCGGCAUCGCCAUCACCGCAGUCUGGUCGAUUUUCAAACAUUAA